CCAGUCCGGCUCCGAGAGUCAUGGCGACCGCAGCGUCUAAUCACUACAGCAUCCUCACCUCCAGCGCAUCCAUCGUGCACUCGGAGCCCGGCAGCAUGCAGCAAGCCACGGCGUACCGGGACGCGCAGAGCCUGUUGCAGAGCGACUACCCGCUGCAGAGCAACAGCCACACGCUCAGCCACGCACACCAGUGGAUCACGGCGCUGUCCCACGGAGAGGGAGCCCCGUGGUCCUCCAGCCCGCUUGGCGCAGAGCAGGACAUUAAACCCGCGGUGCAGGGCGCCCGGGACGAGAUGCACAACUCCAGCAGCAACCUGCAGCACCAGUCUCGGCCACCCCACCUGGUGCACCAGACGCACGGGAACCACCACGACGGCCGGGCGUGGAGAACCACCACCGCGGCGCACAUACCGAGCAUGGCGACGACGAACGGCCAAAGCCUUAUUUACUCCCAGCCGAGCUUCAGCGUCAACGGGCUGAUCCCGGGCAGCGGGCAGGGGAUGCACCAUCACAACCUAAGAGACAGUCAUGAGGAGCACCACAGCCCGCACCUCAGCGAACACGGCCACCCGCCGUCCCAGCAUCAGCACCAGCACCGGUCACAGAGCCACCACGACCACUCGGACGAGGAUACGCCGACCUCGGACGACCUGGAGCAGUUUGCCAAGCAGUUCAAACAGCGGAGGAUCAAGUUGGGCUUUACGCAGGCGGAUGUUGGACUCGCCUUGGGGACCCUGUACGGAAAUGUAUUUUCCCAAACCACCAUAUGCAGGUUUGAGGCCCUGCAGCUCAGCUUUAAAAACAUGUGCAAGCUGAAGCCUCUGUUGAACAAGUGGUUGGAGGAGGCGGACUCCACCUCGGGCAGCCCGACCAGCCUGGACAAAAUAGCGGCGCAAGGGAGAAAAAGAAAAAAACGGACUUCAAUCGAGGUAAGCGUAAAGGGAGCUUUGGAGAGCCAUUUUUUGAAGUGCCCUAAACCGGCAGCGUCGGAAAUAAUCGGCCUGGCGGACAGUCUGCACCUCGAGAAAGAAGUAGUGAGGGUUUGGUUUUGUAACAGGAGACAGAAGGAGAAACGCAUGACCCCUCCCGGAGCUCUGCCAGGGAGCGAGGAUGUGUACGGGGACACGCCGCCUCAUCACGGGGUCCAGACCCCAAUCCAAUGAACUAUGGUGGACCCUCCAGGACAUGUUUAUCCUUUUUUAUUUAUCCCCCAUGGUUAUAUAUAAAUCACUGGACCAUGAGACGCUAUAGUGGGUGUUUUAUGUAUAAUAGAUUGCUGUGAGUACUCACACAAUACCUGCAGUGAAUAUCUGAAAAAUGGAAAAAGAGUGAGGGGAGGCAGGACAAUUUUUUUCUCUCCCAGAACGAAAGGAACAUAAGCUUGUGUUGUGUUCUUCAAGGAUACAAGCCCAGCACUGUGACUCCAGUCGACGCAGUUUCAAGGUGUAGCCCCUAUUGUGUACUGAAAUUAUACUUGACGAAAAAAUAGGGAGGGGAGGAGGGAUACCUGGUUUUAGAGGAAAAGCUUAGCUGAAUGGUUUCCAUUCGCCACUUUUAUAUCGAAUCACAAAACACAUUUUUCCUGUGCGUAAAAGGGAAAACAAAUGCAGAGGCGUUUAGUUUUGUAGCUCUAAACU